CAGCGAGCACGGAGACGGCGGCAGCAGCCGGGAUUACUGCAUUUAAGGAAAGCCCUUCUGUAGGAAGCAAUUGUCACAAUAAGAGAUCUUGAGACAAUUAAAUAGAGCUCUUCAACCUAUAUUGUGCUGACUCAUGCGUUUGCUAAACUCCCAGUGUUUUGUUUUAGCUUCUUUGCUUUCUUGUAAGAAAAUUGGCUGAGAUUAGAGGACUGGAGCAUGUGGGGUCAACAGAGAAUGGAGAAAUGACAAGCAGAGGCGUUCACCGAGUCUCCGCGCUGAGUCUUCACUGGAACACAGUUUACGGAUUACUGUUGGUAAUGACCGGUAUUGCAUUGGCACACCGGAGCGAAGGAGGCUGCCUGAUAGACUGGGCUCACCAAUUGAUAACCUGAGUGACAGGGAUGAUAUGGCUGAUGGUCCAAUAUUCACUAGAGGCCUCACUAGAGGCCUUGAGAGAUACCCAGCACAUGAAGAUCAGUCUUCAAGUCCCUUCAUUCCGAGGCAUGACGAAGACUACCGCAACCGAGAUGUUUUCCUCCACCGUUCAGAUUACAGUCCACACUAUGGCCGUCGGGAGGAGCUGCCUCGUGCAUCUGACAGAGAUGGUGACAAACUGAGGAGAUCCCCCUACCCACUGAGGCCAGAGGACAGGGGUCGAGAAAUAAAGCGUCCACGGUAUGAAAAGGAUGAGAAGAUGCACGGUGUGAGUGGAGAGCAUCCAGGUUUCUCAUCAGGAACACGAAACUACCGCAGACGAAGCCGCAGCCGUAGUAGAAGCCUGAGCCCGUCAUACCUGAAUGAAGAAUUCCGAGAGCUUGACCGUGCAAGGAGGAAAAGAGAAGAAGAAGAGCGCAGUAGAAACUUGAAUCAUGAUGUUUCAGGCAGUGGCUAUGCGAUCCCUGGCUUGACUAACACAAUACAGACUAAUGAGCCUCGGUAUACAUACAGGCCUGAGGAAAUCCCACCCAUGCCCAAAAAAUCUAUUUUGAAGAAACGAGUAGAGAUGGAAGCAGAGUCUGCUGUUCAGCCCGAGGGCUUUUCAAGCAGUCCAGCCCCCAGCAAGGAUCUUCCUCUUCUUUCUAGUCAGUCGUCUUUGCCCCAGAGCAACAACAUAGCUCCUUUUGCCUCUGAAGUGGAAAACUUUCUCAAACGGUUUAACAAAGGCUCUGUUGUGGAGUCUUCAAAUAACGAUUUGUGUGAAGGUUUGUAUGAGUGGAACCCACUCUCUGGGCCUCCCAAAGACACUUUGAUGUUUGAAGAGAAGUUUGGAAGCUUCUUAAGUCACAAAGAAAAUGCAGAACCCAAGUCAGAGCCCACUGAUCGCCAUACUGACUUCCUGCUGCCUCAUGAGAGGGCCAGUCAGGAUGGAAGUGGUUUCUCCCGAAUUCUGGGCAUGAUGGCUGAUUCUGUCAGUGCUCAGGAGAAGAGGAGGCGUAGUUUCCCUGACAUUGAGGAUGAAGAGAAAUUUCUUUAUGGUGAUGAGGAUGAAGAGACCAAAAUUGAAUCUCUCCCCAUAGAGAAGCCCCCAGUGAGUUGUGGCAAUGAGAUAAUAGUACAAAAAAUGAGCCCACCUCCUUCUCCUGCUCCAGCUGUCAAGAUGGAUCCUUUAGAAGAGCCAAAUGCAGAGUAUGCAAAGAUCCAUGACUUACUCAAAACUAUUGGACUUGACAUUGGUGUUGCUGAAAUUGGAAAACUGGCUGUUCGUACCCAGGAACGCCUUCAUGGCAAAAAGCUGGCAUCUCGUUCUCCAGAUCGUCGCUCUUCAGACACUCGCAGACUGGACGCUUGGGAGCUGCGCCGCAGCCGGAGCGACACUCGUUCUCCCGAGUCAGGCCAGCAGCAUUCAGCGUCCCCUCCGGGCUCUUUCCAGCAGUCUAGAGAUGUGCCCUCUCUUCAGAAAUCAGACUGUACUAAGAACAAGCCAGUGGGACAGGAGAUACCUUCACACGUACCAGAACAGCCUCUUCCUUCUGUCUCUCUCAUUCCUUCAAUUCCACCAACUCCUCCUAGUUUGCCACCUACACCCACUUCUGUUUCCCAAUACCAAAUUCCCAACUAUUCCCACUACACUGCUGCUCAAAUGCCCCAAAACUAUCCCCCUCCCACAAUGGCUCCUCCAGGAUAUGAUGCAUAUGGGCACUAUAUGGCAUAUGCAGCCCCUGGCUGGCCCAUGUACACCCCUGCCCAGCAGCCUAAUCCUACACUACCAGAAGCUCAUGGUCUUCUCACUAUGGCCAUGUCGGCGAACCCCACACGUCCCAAUCUCCGCGUGAUUGAGACAGUCUCUCUGGGAAAGGAUGUCCCUGAUGUAAAAAGAGAUGGUUCUGUGCUUGUUCAAGUCCCUACCACUCCUUCUCAUUCCAAAGCACCCCUUCGUCUGUCAUCACAUCCUCUCAAAAAUACCUCAGAAAGGAUGUCGGAUGAAAAAAAUCGGGCAGCUCAAAAGCAGAAGGUGAUAGAAGAGAGAGAAAAACUGAAGACUGAUCGAGAAGCACGGCAGAAGAAGCUUUACUAUCUCAAGACUGAAUUGGACAGGCUUCGUAAACAGCAAGGAGAGAUGUUGAGGAAAAAACGUCGUGAGAAGGAUGGGCACAAAGACCCCUUGUUGGUUGAGGUGAACAGACUGCAGGAGAAUAUUAUGAAGGAGAUUGCAGAGCUGCAUAAAGAAUCUGAUGCAGCUGACAAGAAGCAGUCUGAGCUUGACAAAGUAGCACAAAUCCUGGGGAUUAACAUAUUUGAAAAACCCCGGAAACCAUCUGUGGAAACUAAAGAUUCCUCGGAAAAGAACAGCAAGUCAGAAAAUACAAAAGGUGUAGAGAAAACAUCUUGCUCCAACAAGGAAUCAAAAACUACUAAUGAAAAAUCGAGAGGUAGAAGCCCGAAGCCAGCAGAAUCCUCUUCACAGUCCUCCAAACAUCCUUUCCAGCUGGCAAAUAUUUAUGAAUAUUAUGAUGCAGGGAACCACUGGUGCAAAGACUGCAAUACCAUCUGCGGGACCAUGUUUGACUUUUUCACACACAUGCACAAUAAGAAACACAGACAGACCCUGGAUCCUUACAACAGACCUUGGGCUUCGAAGACUCAGAGUGAGACCAAACAAGACUCCAUAAAACGCAUUGAUAAGAUAACGGUUCCUGCCAAAGGCUCUGAGUUUCUGAUACCCAUCACUGGAUAUUAUUGCCAGCUCUGUCAGGAAUUUUUUGGAGAUCAAAUCUCAGCAGAGCAGCAUGUGAAAAGUCAUCCCCACAAUGAGAAAUAUAAGAAAUACAUAGAUGAAAACCCACUCUAUGAAGAGAGGAGAAAUCUAGAUCGUCAAGCUGGAUUGGCUGUAGUUCUGGAAACAGAGCGCCGGCGGCAAAAUGAGCUGAAACGGAAACUGGUUGAGAAACAGAAGGAAGAGAAGGAUGAGAAAACCCCAAAAAUAAUAAAGAAGGAGGACGUGAAGAGCAUCCCAGAGUCUGGAGAGGGGAAUAAUGAAACUCAAGGCAAAACAGAUUCUUCUGGGCGAAAAGUGGGUAUCGUGGUAAAGCUAAAGAAGGAAGAGAAGACAGAGGAGAAGAAAGAAGAAAAGAAAGAGGAAUCUAAAAAGGAAUCACCAAGCCAGACCUCCUUUGGGAAAUUUAGCUGGAAAAAGACCGAGAGAGAGGAUAAAACCUCAGGAACUAUUCCAAAGGAAGAGAAUACAGAAGGAAACAAAGAGGAGAACAAGUGUCAGUCUCUGAAAUCCCAUAUCAAGCCCAUUGAAAUCAAGCUGUCUGGGAAGACUGUUAUUCCACACACUAGCCCAUGGGUACCAGUUGUUUCCACACCAACACCAACAAAAAUUCUCCCCAAUCUACCAGUCCCCACCAUGAUAUUCAGGAAGUCUAAUACUGCAACAGUUAGUAAACCACCUCCUUUGAACACCUUUUUAUCCAUAAAAUCCUCUGGGACUACCACCAAACCACUGCCAGUGGUAAAAGAAACAAAUGCAGAUCUUCUACUGCCUCCAGAUAUCAUAUCAAAAGCUUUUGGAGGAGAAGAAGUAAUUUUAAAAGGCUCAGAGGAGGAUUUGAAAGCAGCAGAGAAAAAUGAAUCUUCUCAGACUGCUGAUAAACUACCUCCAUCCCGUCCUCCACCAGCAGUCCAGCCAGCAGCUCUCAUCCCUGCAGAUGAAGUAGCACCAGGUGUGUCUGAAAGUGAACAGACAAUGUUGGCAAUGCCUGUGAGACCACCACCACCUUCAACUGCUUUCAGCGAACAAGCAAAAAAGAUAGAGAAACGAAAUUCUUGCUUGGCCACAGCCAAUGCUAAAGAUCUCUAUGAUAUUUUCUACAGUAGUGGUGGAAAGGGUUCAGCUGACAGCAAGCUUGCAAGUUCUGCACUUCCAAAUGGAGAAAACCCUAACAUAACAAAACCUGCAGACUUACCUGCAAAUCACAGAACAAAUAGUAGCUCAUCCUUGUUGAAAGAGGAUUCUGAGAAUGUGGAUUCCUCACAGUGUAAUAAUCAAAUGACAGGGAGUUUGGUUCCUGUUGAGAAUCAGGCUGAAAUGAACAAGAAGUCAUUUCAGCCUCACCUAUCAGAAAUGCCAGUCACAGAAUUACCAGAAAAAAACCCUGUUCCUGGUAUCCAGAUGCCUGCAGAAAUUGGGCUUGUUGAUACAGGAGAUGGAGAGAAGGCAGGCAGUCUGGAAUUCUGUGAUCUACAGAAAACUGAGGUCCAAGAGAAGGUUGGACAGGAACAUGGAAAUAAAUCUCCAGUUAAAAACACAAAUGUUCCUGGUACCUUGGAGAAAGAUACAAAGAUGAAAGACUGGGAAAUAAAAGCAGUAAAGCCUAAACAUAGCCUACACCCAAAGACUUUUUUACCUGAGACACAGAAGGAAAUUCAAAGUUUGGGAAAUUCCCAUUUGGUAGAGGAAAAGUUAAAUGAUAACUGUAGAACUCACUCAGAAACUCAUUGUCCAGACUUUCUCUGGGGCACUUCCAGAGCUAGUAAUGGAAAAGAACAGAUAGUCGCAAUUCAUUCUUGUUCUGAAAGUGGUUGGGGUCUAUCAAAUACUCCAAAGCCAGAAAUAAAAUCUGGUUCUAAUGAGGUUAAUGCUUCAGAGUUGAUAGAGGGACAGAGAGAAACUGUAAGUACCCUAUUGGAACAUCAAGAAAAGGUUCAACCUAAACCUUCAGGCCAUACAGCAUUAGAUAACCAAACCCAGAAGCAGGGAAUUGAACGGUUAGUCAAUACCUGCUCAAACAUGGUUGAACUCAGAUCUAGUCUAGAAUUAGUAGCUGAAAAUGAAAAGAAGUCAUUAGGACACACUGGGUCUGAUGCAAGAUCAGAUAAUUUUCUUUUCAAGAGACCAUCAGAGGAUGUGAAACACAUGAUGAGUCCCUCCCAAAAAGCAGAGCUUGAGUUGAAAACCACUGAUUUCGGUUUGGGAGACAAUAAGGUAAAACAUGAAUGUUUCAGCAUCCUUUCAGCAGGACUUUUAAAGGAAAAUACAGAAGAAGUCACAAAACUAGAAACUAUUGCAUCCAUUAGGCUGGAGUCCAGUAAAGUUAGAAAACUGGGCAUUGAAAGAACAGUGAAUGAUACAGAGAUUACUGAUUUUGCUACACUGACUUCUGGUAGUUGUGAAGAUAAAAUUUGCACACGGAUUUCUCAGAAACCUAUGCUGCAGCCUGGAUCACAGACCUCAAAUAGUGACACUACAGAAGUGGUCAUGCCAGUUCUAGAAAUGCAGGGCAUUUCUCCCGCAUCUGAGAUAUUUGUGCAAGUGAAGGACAACGAAGGUAGCACUGUUAAAAUGCCAUUACUGAGUUGUGACAGAGGCAGCACAGAAAGUCGGGCUUCUGGGUGCGUGGAAACUUUAAUGCCUGGGCUCAAAGAAACACAUGGGAAGGUGGGUGGCUCAGGAGGCAAGGGAAUGUGCACCAUCCAGAGCAAGAAGACUGAGCAAACAGAAGCUCCUGACAGUAGAUUGGAAGCUACAGUGAAUUCAGGAAUUGCUGAAAGCAUAGCAGAAAGCCCAGUGGGUUGAAGUAGACCCAGCCAAUCCCAAUAUUUGAGGAGCCAGAGCUGGGAUUAUGUAUAUGGUUUUUGUUUAUUUUUCUUUCUGUUCCAGCUGAGAGUUUUGGGUGUACUUUGCAUUCUGUGGUAGGACUUGACUAAAAUGAAACGUAAAUCAUCAGAAGGCAGUCACAUUAUUCUGUAUAUAAUUAAUUGUGUAAAAUGUUUUUUCAUGUGAAUUUUUUGGCCAAUUUCUUUUCUACACUCUGCUAUUAAAAUGGAAUCUCGUUUAUAAUGCGUGCGUCUUCUUUAUUUUGGGGGCUGUUAUUCUUUGACCAUUUCUGGGUGAUUUCCAGCUCACCCAGUUUGUGUCAGUAGCACCAUGAGUAGCCCAGCUGCUGAGACAAGCUCAAGAACAGCAAAUUAGAACUGAGGAAAUGGAGACUUGCAGAAGAACUAAAACUGAAAAUUUCUUUGAACUGUAAUGCAUGGGUUUGUUUACUUUUGUUGUUUGAAAUGCAGGAAUGUGUUUAGAGUUGAUUUUGUUUGUCUAUCUGUCUCUGUGAUUUGUAAUUACUGUUGUUAUUACAUCUGUACUUAAAGUGUUUCACUGUAUUGUAUAAGCACAUGUAUGGAUGCCACAUCACUAAGCAAGGGGAGAAAAUCUGUCCCGACUGGCUUUUGGAGAAGAAAACUAAUCGGUAAGGCUCUGUGGCCUGACACCUGGACCAGACAUAUUAAGGUCACUUACGUGAUUUGAAAUGGGCUUUCUUUAAUUUUAUUGUGAUCCAGUAACUAUUUGUGUUAAAUCAUUUAGCAGCUGACCUGCUCUGAAGAAGUAGAAGAUCAGAACCCUGGUGUCAGGAAUUGGACUCGCUUCAUGUGAUACAGACACAUGCAUGCCUACCCUGAAUGGUCCUUGAGCUAUUAAGUGUGAUGGUUCUCAUUUGUAUAGCCUGUUAAAGACUGAAGUAUUAAAUGUGUUUCCUUGGAUAAAUAUAACAUUUUUAUUUGUAAAUUGUUUAAAAAAAUAAACAUAAGGA